AUGGCUAGUCGGAAGAAGCCUUUAUCGGAGCAGCUAGCGGAGCUGCUAACCCCCGCGCCCACCGCGGGCCACGAGGAUCCUGAAGACGCGCAGGGGUUCGGCGCAGAGGCGCGCGCGAUCUUCGGCGGAGACGAGUCGGCGGAGGCGGGGGAAGGAUGGGGCGCGGCGGAAGCCGGGGUCGUGCGCCUGGGGGAGGCUGGCGCAGGGCGGAAGCGCGGAGAACGCGGGACCGCGGCGAAGGAGAAGGGGCUGAGUUUGCGGGGGAAUCUGGUAAUGGAGGGGCGGGAAUAUGGCGGGAAUAAGAGCAGCAGAUCGGCUCUAUUUGAUGGGUGGGCGGAUGACGUGGAGGAUGACGUGGCGGAUGAUGAUGAUGACGCGGAGGAUGACGACGUGGAGGAUGAUGUGGAUGAGAGAAUGCAGAAGGGAGGUGAUGCGGGGAGGGAUGACGAUCAGGAGGGGGAGGAAUGGAAUGAGGAGGAGGAGGGGGAGGACAGCCCAGUCGAGGAUGAGGAUAACGAGGAUGGCACUAGCGAGGAUGAUUAUAGCGAGGAUGUCGAGGAGGAGGCGCUACAAGGGAGCGAGGAAGAGCUGGAGGGCGACGCGCUGCUGACGGCGGCGCCCGCCACGAUGGACCUUGGGAUGGACGCGCUCGAUCGAGACUUCGAGGCCGCCCUAAAAGACGAGUUUCGACCAGCUGCUACAGUUGCCGGGCGGGAUGUUAACGAUAGUGACGAGGACGAUGUUGACGAGGAUGGAGAGCGGGUAGGUCAGCGGGGGAGCGGCGGUGACGGCGGCGAAGGUGGCGGCGCGCCGGUGGCGAUAGCGAGAAGUGCAUUUAAAGGGGCGGUUCGUGACGAGGAUAAGGGCCGCGCGGUAGCCGCGCAACGCGCGCUGUGGGACCGCGCCCUGGAGCUCCGCAUAGCGCUGCAGCGCCCGCUGCAGUCCGCGUGCCGCCUCCCCCACGCCCUCGCGCAUGCCGCCUACGCGGCUGUAGCGCCGGACGUGGCAGCGGAGUUCCAGGCUGUAGCGGCCGGCACGCGGACGGCAAUCCGGCAGCUGCUGACGUUGCAGGACGAGCUGUUCAGCCGGAACGCUGCAAUUGACGGCGCGUUCAAAGCCGCGCGGGCGGCGCUGGCGGAAGGCGGAGGCGGAGACGGGGAAGGGUCGGGAAGACAAGAACAAGGAGGGGAAGGAGGUUUAGGGUUUAACCAGGGUUCUAUAGACGAUGGGAGCUUCGAGGAGGUCUGGGAGCAGAUCUCAAGGGCGUACGAACGGUUCCGACCCUUCUCCCAGAGCUCCAUAGACAGGUGGCAUCGGAAGACCCUGCUGACGUCAGGGGCCAUGGCAGCUGGUCGCAGCAGCAGCCGACUGAGAGUGCUCAACCAGAGCGUCUCCCAGCAGGUCGCCUCUGCCCUCCGCGCCCCCGAUCGCCUCAUCCAACGGUCCAGAUUGCCCCGCGAGGCCGUCAGUGUGAUCGGAGCAAAAGCGGAAGCUCUUGCUGCUGCCGGUGGUGCUGGGAAGAAGCGGAAGGGGCCGGACGGUGUAGAGCAGGGUGAACAGAAGGAGGGGGAAGAAAAGGAGCCGGCGGAGGAAGGGGAGGAGAAUGAGAGGAAGGAGGAGGAGGAGCAGGAAGGCGAGUGGGACAUGGACUCAUACGAUGACACAGAGUUUUACCAGCAGCUCCUACGUGAAUUCCUCGACUCAUCCCACCUGGAAGAGCUCGGCAUUGCCUCCCAGCAGGUGGUGCGGCGGCUGCGGGGCAGCAAGGGCAAGGCGGUGGACAGGAGGGCGUCCAAGGGGCGCAAGGAGCUGGGCAUAGCAUCCCGGCGGCUGAGGGGCAGCAGGGGCAUGGCGGUGGGCAGCAAGAGCAAGGCGGUGGACAGGAGGGCAUCCAAGGGCCGCAAGGUGCGGUAUGCACCGAUGCCGGCUCUCGUGAAUUUCAUGGCCCCGGGACCCGUUCAGCUGCCGCCCGUUGUGGAAAGUUUGUUUGAGAACCUCUUCGGCCAGGUGCAGGGGAAGGAGGUGGUUUUGUUGUGGGAGUGCAGUAGAGCCGAUGGCGAUAGUUGA